AAUACAGCAUUUCAGUCAUUUCAGUUCAGGCCAGUCGAGUCACAGUUUGAUCCACAGUACAGCUGUGGUUUGAGAUCAAAUUACAAAUCACACGAAUGUUACAAAGCAAUUCUCAAAGGGAAAUUGGGAAAUAGGGAAAAAUAUGGUCAGAUGAAAAACAGAAUAAUUCAUUUCAAAAUAAAAAUAGAACACAUUGUGAAAGAUUAAACUAGUGGUCCCCAAACUUUUUGGCUUGUGACUCCUUACAACAAUAGAGUGUCUAUUUAGGGCCCUGUAUUAUUCUUGUUGUUAAUAGUUCCACCAAAGAUACUUUUUCUUCUUUCCUGCUCCAUUAACCAUCUCACAAGCCCCCAGUGUUAUUUUUUGACCAGCUGGAAGGAGUCCAAACCCCAAAGUACAAUUUUCUGCUCAUACUUCUGUACUUCCUCCCCCUCCCUCAUGUUUUCUCCUAUUCUGUGUGCUUGACUUUGCCACAAGGUCUUUCUCUAUAUGCUGACUUAAGUGGUCCAGACAUCCAGUGCAACGGCCCAUGGAUGCACGGGUGCUGGACUCUGCUCUGGCAGAGCAUGGCUCACUUCUACUCAGGCAGCUAGAAAGGAUGAGAGCAUCUCAGGACCUCACUGAUGUAGUGCUCCUGGCAGAGGGGAUUCCCUUUCCUUGCCACAAGGUGGUGCUCUCUGCAUUCAGCCCUUACUUCCAGGCCAUGUUUACAUGUGGUCUGAAGGAGACCCGCGAAGGAGAGGUGCCUCUCAGAGACACUCCUGCUCAGAGUCUGGAGCUGCUAUUGGACUACAUGUACCGAGCUCAACUUCCACUUUCCAAUGACAACAUCCAGGGAGUGGCUGCUGCUGCCUUCCUGCUCCACAUAGAUGGAGCCUUCAGGUUGUGUCAGAGCCAUAUGGAGGCCCGUAUGGACCCUUCCAACUGUGUCGGUCUGUACCACUGGGCAAGAGACCUGGGGGCCACUGGUCUGGCUGACUGUGCCUUGAGAUACCUCUACCAACACUUUGCAGAGGUUUGUGAGGAAGAAGAAGUGCUGGAGUUGGAUGCCCAAAGUCUUGGAGAUCUGCUGGGUUCAGAUGACCUCAACAUAUCGCAGGAGCAGGUUGUGCUGGAGUUGGUGCUGCGGUGGGUGCAGAGGCGAAGGGGCGACUCGCACAGUGAAGCCCAGGCUGUGGAGUUACUCAGACGUGUCCGGCUGGAGCUUGUGGACCCUGGAUUCCUCCGUAAAGCCAGGAGGAGAAACCCGGUACUGCUGCGGGAUGCUGAGUGUUUUGGGAUGAUUGAUGCUGCUCUCCAGACCUCAGGGCUCUGCGAGACAUCAGCUCCACCUCGGCCAACCCUUCGUUAUGGCAUGGAGACCACUGACCUGCUGCUUUGUUUAGGUGGGGUGCAUACGGAGGACGUGCCUGCCCGCCGUGGAGGACUUGGUGACCUCAGUUUUUGCUUUGCACCCCGUGGUAGAAGGACUUACCACAUCCCCUCUCCAUUAAGGGGCCGUGGAGGCAUGGGACAGAUUACAACGGGGGCAGUGACACGAGAUAACAAGAUCUUGGUGGCUAUAGAGGCAGAAGAUCAACACAGGAUGAAGAAGGUGGACAUCUACAGGUAUGAUAAUUCAGAGGAGAACAGCUGGGUGGAGAUGUGCUCAGCACCAUACAGGAACAUGUAUGCGUUAGGGCUGCUAGGCGAUGCCCUGUUUAUGAUAGGUGGGCAAAUGAAAGUACGUAAUCACUACAUCAUCACAGACAGUGUGGAGAGAUGGUCGCUGAAGAGAGGAGGCAGCUGGCUCAGCUUCUCCCCGCUGCCUCUCCCCUUAGCCUGCCACUGUGUAGUCAGCCUAAAGGAGCAUCUCUAUGUGCUGGGAGGCUGGACACCACAGCAACAGCCAGAUGAUGAGCCUGACAAGCUGAGUAACCGUGUGUUUCAGUUUGACCCCGGCAUGGACAGGUGGACAGAGCGUGCCAGGAUGAAGUACUCCAGAUACCGCUGCGGCACGGCUGUUCUCAAUGGAGAAAUCUACAUACUUGGUGGUAUUGGAUGUGAUGGAGAGGACCGUGGACAAUCACGUCGCUGUCUGAGCUCUGUAGAGAUCUAUAACCCAGAUACAGACACCUGGAGGCCAGGGCCGACACUACCUACAUCAUUACUCUCCCUCCGAACCAACGCUACAAAUAUAGGAGUAGUGGAGGGCAAGCUCUACCUCUGUGGAUACUACAAGGGGGCCGGCCGUCAUGAGAUCAUCACCAAGGAGAUUUUGGAAUUGGACCCUGCAGACAAUGUGUGGACGGUGGUGGAAAGACGAGCAGCCAUGCAUGAUAGCUAUGACGUCUGUCUAGUGGCUAACCUCAAUCCUCGAGACAUCUUCACACCCUAAUUCAUCUCCUCCUGACUAUGAACAACAAUGCAAGGAGCUGGUUUGGGAAACAAGCCUUUGUCAUUGAAGAGUUAUUGAAGAGUUACACGGCUUUAUUGAAAAUGUAGAAUCUGAAAUGUAACCGUUGACAAAUUCUAGUACAAAAAAA